CGUCCAAGCUUGGAUUGUCCCUCAAGCCAUCACCGUUAUUAGGCUCUUCUGCUCCAACUCUUCACUCGUACCUUUCUUCCCCGUUCUGCUUUCUCCAUUUAUCAUACUGUUUCGAAAAAUAAAAGUACUAGUACAAUCCUAAUUUGUUAUUGCAAUGUCGAUCUUCGAAUAUAAUGGGAGUGCGUUAAUAGCGAUGGUGGGGAAGAACUGCUUCGCCAUUGCCAGCGAUCGGCGACUAGGGGUUCAGCUGCAGACCAUCGCCACUGAUUUCCAGAAGAUCUAUAAGAUUCACGAUCGCUUAUUCCUCGGUCUAUCCGGUCUCGGCACAGAUGCCCAGACCUUGUAUCAGCGGCUCGUGUUCCGUCAUAAGUUGUACCAACUUAGAGAAGAGAGGGACAUGAAGCCUGAAACAUUUGCUAGUCUUGUUUCUGCUCUUCUUUAUGAGAAAAGGUUUGGUCCCUAUUUCUGUCAACCCGUGAUUGCUGGAUUGGGAGAGGAAGACAAGCCCUUCAUCUGCACUAUGGAUUCAAUUGGAGCCAAGGAGCUUGCAAAAGAUUUUGUUGUUGCUGGCACUGCUUCAGAGUCACUUUAUGGUGCAUGCGAGUCUAUGUUCAAGCCUGACAUGGAAUCUGAGGAAUUGUUCGAGACUGUUUCUCAGGCGCUGCUAUCAUCUGUAGACCGUGACUGUUUGAGUGGUUGGGGAGGACAUGUAUAUGUUGUUACACCAAAUGAAGUAAAGGAGAGAAUCUUGAAAGGAAGGAUGGAUUGAUUUCUCUUGCGAAGGUGAAAGCCAACUGCUUUCUAAUCCGAUUUAGUGAAUGAUAGACUGAAUCCUUUGGCUUCUCUGUUAAUGGUUUCCAUUGCUUACCAUGCCUAAACUCCGAUGUAGCCUGGUAAAGUUUCAAGUAUAAUUUACGAAGAACUGAAAAUCUUGUUUUAAGGAAUUCUGAUGCAUUAGAUGUACUUCUAUGGUGUUCAACUAAACGAAGAGGCACAGUGUUGGAAUGAAUUUCUUUCUGUUUCUUUUUCCC